CAGCCUCGCUAUGGUCUCAGCAGCAGCAGCGGCUCAGGGAGUAGUACCAGACUACUGUGUUGUGCAGGGAACACGCACGACAUAGCUGAAAACCGCCAGCGGAACAAAUGAAAACGAACACUACUCGUUCGUGUGGAUUAAUUCAGCAGCGAGACACCCGAUCGAGGCGAGCGGCUCUUUGAGCGACACCGGAGCGACUGGCGAGGAGCGGGACAUUAGCUACUGUAGGAUAACACCGCCGAAUGGUUCCUCUGGCCCCACCGCUAAGGUUUUAGGCUAAAAGAAGCAGCCGAUAAUGCAGGACAUUUGCUCUCUAGCCACACCCACUUCCUGCUUGUAGAGGAAGCGGCUGUGCCAAGAUGUCCUCUCAUUCCCAGUCUGUGCCGCCAGGCCGGAGGGCUGGACUGGACACACGGCACCUCCCCAACCCUGCCUCUCUACCACUGCAGCUGCAACGGGCACACACGGAAGUGGGAAUGGUCGACUACCACUCUCAUGCCAGGGACUACGGUUCCCACCUGUCCCAGCCCCAUCGCCGUCGGCCAUCCUUGCUUUCAGAAUUUCAACCUGGGAAUGAGAGAGGACAAGAGCAGCAUAUCCGCUAUGAACACAUAUACCUGCAAGAUCCCAGCGCCCACUCAGAGUUGGAGUAUGUGGAAGUCAAAAGGCCUCGUCUAGACAUGGGACCCGACUCUAUGAUGAGAAGCUCGUCCCACCGGCAACCAAUGCCUCUGGGGGGGUCAGAGGACAUGGCAAAGGAGCGUGGAGGUGCCAUGGGGAAGCUGGAACCCAUCUCCCCCGUGAGCCCAGUCCACAUGGACCCUGACUUGGAUCUUGUGCCGGCUCGCUUCUCUAAGGAGGAGCUCAUCCAGAACAUGGAUCGCGUGGACAGGGAGAUCACUAUGGUGGAGCAGCAGAUCAGCAAACUGCGCAAGAAACAGCAUCAGCUGGAGGAGGAGGCUGCAAAGCCUCAUGAGCCAGAGCGGCCCAUUUCCCCACCACCCAGUGAGGCCAAGCACCGCAGCCUGGUGCAGAUCAUCUACGAUGAGAACAGGAAAAAGGCAGAAGAAGCUCACAGGAUACUGGAGGGAUUGGGACCCAGGGUAGAACUGCCUCUGUACAAUCAGCCUUCUGACACCAAGCAGUACCAUGAGAACAUCAAAAUAAACCAGGCGAUGAGAAAGAAGCUCAUCUUAUACUUCAAGAGGAGAAAUCAUGCUCGUAAACAGUGGGAACAGAAAUUUUGCCAGCGCUAUGAUCAGCUGAUGGAAGCCUGGGAGAAAAAGGUAGAGCGCAUCGAAAGCAAUCCGCGGCGCAGAGCCAAGGAAAGCAAGGUGCGGGAGUACUACGAGAAACAGUUCCCAGAGAUCCGCAAGCAAAGAGAGAUGCAGGAGCGCAUGCAGAGUUUCUAUUUAUCCAAUUAUAGCCGCGUUGGGCAGCGAGGAGGUGGGCUGAGCUCGUCUGCAGCUCGCAGUGAACACGAGGUCUCCGAAAUCAUUGAUGGAAUAUCAGAGCAUGAGAACACAGAGAAGCAAAUGCGACAGCUGGCAGUCAUCCCUCCUAUGCUGUUUGAUGCUGAGCAGCAACGCAUCAAGUUCAUCAACAUGAAUGGACUGAUGGAUGACCCCAUGAAGGUGUACAAGGACCGACAGGUUAUGAACAUGUGGAGCGAGCAGGAGAAGGACACUUUCAGAGAGAAGUUCAUCCAGCACCCCAAAAACUUUGUUCUGAUUGCAUCUUUUCUGGAAAGGAAGACGGUGGCUGAGUGUGUGCUGUUUUACUACCUGACCAAAAAGAAUGAAAACUAUAAGAACAUAGUGCGGAGGAACUACCGACGCCGUGGAAGAAGCCAGCAUGGCCAGCAGCAGCAACAGCAGCAACAACUGAACCGCAGCAGUCAGGAGGAAAAGGAGAAGGAAGAGAAGGAGAAGGAGGGAGAGAGGGAUGAAGAAAAAAAUGAACCUGAAGACAAGGAGGAUGGAAUGAAGGACGACACCUCUGGAGAGGAUGCAGAGGACAAAGAGCCGACUGUGGCUUUCAAGGGUCGACGCACAGCCAACAGUCAGGGCCGCCGCAAGGGCCGCAUCACCCGCUCUAUGACCAGUGAAGUAGAGGAGACCACUACACCCCCACUCAACAAUGAGCUUGCCAAUCUGGAGAUGAAUGAGAGCUCUCGCUGGACUGAAGAAGAGAUGGAAACUGCCAAAAAGGGCCUUCUCCAGUAUGGUAGGAAUUGGUCCGCCAUCGCCAAGAUGGUGGGAUCUAAAACCGUGUCACAGUGCAAGAACUUCUAUUUCAAUUACAAGAAGAGGCAGAAACUGGAUGAGAUUCUGCAGCAGCAUAAAAUGAAAUCGGAGAAAGAGCGAAAGGCCCGACGAAGGGGCAAAGCCCUGCAGAAUGAGGAGGCUAGUGCCCCGUAUACAGCAGAAGAGGAGGAGAUGGAGGGUUCAGGAGCCAGCGGCAAUGAAGACGAGGCCCCUGAAGAUGGAGAGGGUGGAGCCAACAACAGCUCUGACACCGAGAGCUUGCCCUCGCCACACUCGUCAGAGGACAGCAAGGUCAAAGAGGAAGGCUCAAGCAGGUCGAAGGCCGGCUCCAACUCCGGGGAUAAGGAGGCCUCCGGAUCAGACAUGGGCCAGGCAGGGGACGACAAAAAUCCAGUCCGAGAAGAUUCAGACUCGGUCAUCAAGCAGGAGAUAAAGACUGAGACGGGGGAGUCCAACAAAGAACAGCUGCAGCCUGCAGCACCCAGUGAUGCUACAGAUAAAAAACCUCCUGCUGCAGAGACAGAGGAAGUCAAAAGCUCCACCAGGAGCUCCAAGAGGGAUCAUGGGACCAAAACUGGCUCCCAUGGCGACAGUGACUCUAGUGCCACUUGCAGCGCUGAUGAAAUGGAGGAGACAGACAACACAGAUAAGAACAGAAUGACUUCUCCACGGCCGAGCCUACUGAACUAUACUCACGAUGGGGUCAUAUCCUCCCCGCUGCAGAAGCCCUUGGACCUGAAGCAGCUCAAACAGAGGGCGGCUGCUAUACCACCUAUUAUGCCAGAAGCCUCCAUGCUGGGCAUUCAGCGGAGUGCCAAGGCAUUGCUGCCCCCCCACGCCCUGGCACUAUACCAACAGCAGAUCACCAUGGCUCAUGGGGAGUCCUCCCAGGAGGUCAAACAGCAACAACAGCAGCAGCAGCUUUUAGGCCAGCCAUGCAAACAGCAACUGUACAGCUCACAGGCAGAGAGAGACAGGGAGGCUCUUCACAGCAGCAGCCCUCGUGUUCGUCCACGCAGCCCCUCCAGCGACAAGGAUGACCUGGAAGGCAACGAGAGGUGGUUACUGACCCUCCUGCAGGGAUUAAAAAAGUCCCGGGCCUUGUCUCCACACAGCGAAGCCAAGAAGCAGGCACUGGGCCCAGACGAUCUAAGAACCUCUAGCUUGGGUCGCCCAGUUCUCUCCCCCUACCCCAUGUCCCCACGAGACAUAGCCAAGAUCAGCCAUGACCAGCAUUUGCUCCACUUCAACUCGUUCCAGCAAGCGGGCCACAGUUCCCUCCCUGGUCUGCCACAGGACGGUGGGAGGCUGGCAGCAGUGAGACCCCUCACUAUGCCAGACCCACCACCUCUCAUUUCCUCCACCAAGCCAGGAGGCUCCAUCACACAGGGCACCCCAGUGCAGUUGCACAGCCCAGCUCAUGGGUUGGACCACGGGAAGAUGCCCCCCACACAGAUGGGGUUGUCUUGGAUGGAUCAAAGGAAAGUGGCAGGUUCUUACCCCAUGGUAAAGCAGGAACAGUUGUCCCCUCGCAGCUCAUCCUCCCAAGCUGACAACCUGUCGACCCAGGGCACACCUCACGACAGUGCUUCAGGACGAGGCUCUAUUCCAGCUGUUCAGGGGGGCAGUAUCACAAAGGGCAUCCCAGGGACCAGAAUGCAUCCAGAUUCCGCGAUCUCCUGCCGAGGGGGCUCCAUUACUCAGGGGACACCGGCUGACGUGCUGUAUAAGGGAACCAUUAACCGUCUGAUCACUGAGGACAGUGCCAGCCGAGCUGAGAGGGAGCGGGAUGAGGCGCUGUCUAAAGGACAUGUGGUGUAUGAGGGCAUCAGCGGGCACAUCCUCACAUAUGAACGUUCCGCCUCUCAGACUCCUAAAGAUGAUGGCAGAGGUCCUGGGCAGCCUGGGGAAAUUCUAGGCCUGAAGCGUCCUUAUGACGCUAUGGAGGGUGGCAUCUCCAGAGGACUGCCGAUGAGGGAUUCUCUGUCUGCUGCCAACUGUGAAGGUCUGAUCGGUCGAGCCAUGCCUCAUGAUAGGGACAGUCCGCACCACACACCUUACAAGGAUGCUCAUCACAUCCGUGGUUCCAUCUCCCAAGGUAUUCCUCGUCAUCUGGACCCUCAGGAUGGGUACCUCAGGAGGGAGCCCAAGCAGAUGAAGAGAGAGGGCUCCCCACCCCGUGGACCUGGUUCUCUUUCUGACCCAAUGAAGGGCAGAGAGGCAAUGGUGCCCACUGUGAAGGAGGCUGGGCGCUCCAUCCACCUCAUUCCCAGGGAGCCUGCCAAAGAAGGCAUGAUAGUACAGGGAACACCCAUGAAACAGGAAUCAGGUGGUUCAGGGAAACGUCAUGAUGUCCGCUCAAUCAUAGCCAGUUCACCACGUUCCUACCACAACACACCCUCCCACAUGGAGAUGCGUGCUGAAAGGGGCCGCUAUGAAGAGGCACCGAAAGGGCGCCCCAGCGCGGUGGUCAGUACGUCUAGUCCUAUAGCCCGUUCUUCUCCUCUUACACUGGGGCCAGAGCAGGGAGGCAAGGCUCAUCAUAGCCCAGUGGGCUACGACGACAAAGGCAACUUAAGGGCCGCGUACCCUGGACCCUCCCAUCGUGGCUCCCCUCUCUCCAGGGAGGCAAGCCAAAGGCAGCAUGAUGCCUCCAGUAAGAAUCCGUCUCAGGAGCGUAAAGCCACACCAACUCCCAGAGAGAUGAGUGCCACUAAAUCACCGCUCCCUGGUGUUCCUGAUCAGCAGGCUUAUGAGCGUCUGCUGCAGGGUCUCGGAGCAGAUAUGUACCGCCAAAUUCCCUUAGCCUUUGAUCCUGCACAGCUGCCUAGAGGCAUCCCAAUUGACCCAGCGGCCUAUUACUUGCCUCGCCACCUCGCCCCCAACCCAGCGUACCCUCAUCCUUACCCCUACCUCAUCCGGGGCUUUCCUGACACCGCUGCCCUGGAGAACCGCCAGACGCUUCUCAAUGACUACAUCACCUCGCAGCAGAUGCACCAGUGGCCACCAGCCGCCGCCAUGGCCGCCCAGCGCUCAGACCUGCUGAGGGGCCUGAAUCCACGAGACCAGGCCCUUUCUAUGACCUACUCUGCCCCUCGUGGAAUCAUCGAUCUUUCUCAGGUGCCACACUUACCUGUCCUGGUCCCUCCCUCUGCAGGGACAGCAGGCUCUCCGAUGGAUCGCAUCACCUACAUCCCUGGGGGAAGCACCACCUACCCUGGCAGGCCUUACGCCACAUCCCCCAUCUCUCCAGUUGGCUCCUCACAUGUAAACAAGAUGCAGGGCACAUCCUCAUCUACAGAGCGUGAACGAGACCGUGAACGUGACAGAGAACGGGACCGGGAGAGAGACAGAGAGCGGGAAAGAGAGAGGGAGCGUGAACGGGACCGGGAGAGAGAUCGCGAAAGAGAACGUGAGAGAGACCGGGAAAGGGAACGAGACCGGGACAGGGAACGAGACCGGGACAGGGAGCGUGACAGAGACAAGGGCGGGUCUCUUGGAAAUGUAGAGCACGCCCCCAUCUGGCGACCAGGUACAGAGCAUAGCUUGGCGAGCAGUAGCAGCAGUGUGAGACCUGCUUCUCAGCCGUACAGCCACCAGCACUCCCCAGUGUCACCUCGUACCCAGGAGAAUGUGCAGCAGAGGCCAAGUGUCCUGCACAACACUGGAGGCAAAAGUCUUUCUGUCAGCGAACACUCAUCUGUGUUACGGUCCAUGUCCUCGGGACCAGUACGCUACCAAGGUUAUCCUGGCCACCUCCAAAGGACAGGUAUGCCCCCAGAGACCUACCCAGCUGUCAUGGACUCAAGUGUAGCCAAAGAGCAGAGCCGUGAUGGAGGCAAAAUCAGGGGAGGUCUACCCAAGCACAUGCAGGACCAGCACGGACCCUCCAUUAAAUCGGACCCCAAGCUGUGCAGCCUCAGCCCAGGGGGAAUAUACCCAGGUUCCUAUCCCUCGGCUUCAAGCCGGCCCCAGCACCUGCUGCCCCCCCAGUCGGAUAACCCUCCUGGCCGUGGAGAAAGCGGUACACCUAGUAGGGAAAAGACUCAAAACAAACCGAUGUCCAUUCAGGAACAAGAGCUCCGAGCACUCGGUAAGACCACCAUGACUGCGGCCAACUUCAUAAACGCGAUUAUAAUGCGUCAAAUUUCUUGUGAAACGGGGAUGCCAGAGACGGGCUCGCUUGUUGCCAGCAGCGCCACUGAUGCUCAACAAAAGAUGGAGCCACACAGUCUGUACCGUCCUCCGUCUGAGGAGAGACUGUCUCCAGGCCAACAGCCCCAGUCCCCCUGUGUUAAAGGCAGCCAGAGGGUGGUCACCCUGGCGCAGCACAUCAGUGAGGUGAUAACUAAAGACUACACCAGGCAGAGCCAGCAACAGCAAAGCUACCAUGGCUCUCCUGUCCUGGACUUGACCCGUCCACCCAGUGCCUCCCAACUCCCACCCACCUCACAGGAGUCAGCCCAAGGUCAACGCUACUCAGAAGGCCUUGGUGGCGAACGCAACAGAGACCGGUCUCCUCCUCAACCCAAGACGUCACCCAUCAGUGUUUCAAAUGAUGGCAUUGAACCAGUGUCUCCUGCUGGAGCCAGCUCCGAGCCUGACAUCCAGGGGGGGGCCUCCUACCCAAAUGAGCAGGGAGAGCAAGGAAUGGGCUCCCGUUCACCUCCCAACACGUCCCAGCCUCCAGCCUUCUUCAGCAAGCUGACGGAGAGCACCUCAGCCAUCGUCAAGUCAAAGAAACAGGAGAUGAUCAAGAAGAUGACAGUGGUGGGAAGCGACAGUGAUUUCAAUGCUGGUCAGCCUGGAACAGAGAUCUUCAAUAUGCCGGCGUCUACGACUGCAGGUACUGUGAGUGUCCGCAGCCACUCAACUCCAGAGGCCCCUGGUAACUCGAUAGGCCUGGAGGCCAUUAUCAGAAAGGCCUUGAUGGGCAAAUAUGAUGAUCAGGCUGAGGAACGGACCAACGCUGCUAACACGAUGGGCUCCAACGUUUCUGCUGACGGACGUGCCGAGGACUGUUUCUCUCAAGGUGGAGGAAAGUCGUCAAAGGGCAGCGGACGCUCCAACAGCCGCAAAGCCAAAUCCCCAGGACCAGGUCUGUCAGGGGGGGAGAGACCGUCUUCUGUGUCCUCAGUCCACUCUGAGGGCGACUGCAACAGACGAACUCCCCUCACCAACCGUGUGUGGGAGGACCGGCCUUCAUCCACAGGUUCAGCUCCAACUCCAUUCCCCUGCAACCCGCUGAUAAUGCGUUUCCCCAGCGGGACGGUAUCCGCUCCCUCCCCCUCCUCCGGCCAGCCGGGGGGCCAGGGCCCAGGGUCAGGACCUGGACAGGGCCGCUCCUGGGAGGAGGAGCCCAAGCCUCUGCUCAUGUCUCAGUACGAGACCCUGUCUGACAGCGAGUGACCCAAAAUGCCUCCGUACAACAGGCCCCCGCCAACAGUCAACCGCCUCUGUGCUGCUGCAGCCCCACACACACACACACACACACACACACACACACACACACACACACACACACACACACACACACACACACACACACACACACACACACACCUGCUGAGGCGCCUGCUAAUCUACCCACACCAUUCCACUCUGCAUUUCCUCCGUCAGUCCUCAAGAAAAGAUGGAGUCAUCUCCUCACACACCUGAGAGACCAAGCAGGGACGAGCUGGAUCAAUGCUGCUCCGUGUGUGUGUGUUUGUGCCUUUAGGUGUCCUGCAUCACUCCAGGAUGACUCUAAAGGACAAAUCACUUGUUUUUCAUUUUUCUUUCUUUAAAAAAAAAAACUGAACUACUUUUCCUCACUGGCCUUAUCAAUACAGACACACUGACCUGCACCUUGUGGUUGAGCCGAUCUAAUGUGCUGACACGCGUGUGGAAGGGACUCUGAGGUCGUGCUGUUGGUCUGGUCAGGAGCCCGAUGACUGCUGUUCUAGAGACAGAUUUGCACCACAGAUCUGACCUGAGAGCAGCAGCCCGCACAGGGAGUUUCUUCAUGGUGAACUCCAGGUGCAGGCGGCCUGUGCACUGCUACCCCUAAGAGAAAAAGUGCGAGAAGACGAGAGGAGAAUCAACAUCUAGUUUUUCUUAUUUUGGCUCUUUCUUUUUCCCCCUUUUUAAAUUCAGUCCAGUCCUGUGUUUUGGAAUGUGAGCUGAGAACUUAAGUACAUUUUAAUGGCGUCAUUCGUUGUCUCUUAUCUGCAAUGGUGUAUCUUUUAGGGGGGCGGGGGACUGUGAUUGUUAUGUGAGAGGGUCAUAUCAUUGGUUUACAAGGUAAACGUGCUGUUCAUCCCUGAUGUCGUCAUAUAUUUGGGAGGGUCCUGGAGAAUAGCGAAGGCCUGCUGACUUCAGGCACAUGGGGAGAGAUGAUUUGCCAGAUGGAUGGCACUGAGACCAGUGACACUUUCUCACUGUUUUUAUAUUAACCAUGUCUGUGUUUGUUGAAACUGUUUUUGGAUAUUAAGCACUUACCUGUCAGUCUGUUCACAAUGGCAUUUUUAAGAAUCUGUGUUUCCUGGGGCAGGUGAAAAAUGGACUCGAGAACAGCAUAGAAAUCCCACCUACCUGUUUAUUUUUGGUCUCAGCACCAACAUUAUUUAGCGCUCUCACACUCAAAGCGACAAUCACAUUUCAGUGAACGACGAAUCAGCCGCUUCGAGCAGGUGCAGACCGACAUUAAAGCUGCUUAAAGUCAAAUCCUGCAGCAUCACACGGAGUUUGCUCGCAUUAAAAGAGGUAACAAAAAAAGCCAUCUUUGUAUGACCCCUUAGUCCAUGGGGGCGUCGGCUUCAGCCGACCCGCUGGAAUCCCGUCUGAGCUGUUGUGACAGUCUGACCUCUGACCUACUGCCUGGUGUUGGACCUGAGACUCAGCUCCUCAUCCAGGCAGAUUUUGUACAGUUGUGAGAUAUUCCUAGUGUUAAGUGCCAUUUAUUUUACAUAUACAGUACUGAAGUUACCAAGUGACGCACAAUUUUUCUUUUAGCCCCCCAUGCCAGGGUUUAUACGGUCCAUGCAGGGAAAUCUGAAAACAAAAAGCAAAAGAAACGUCCUUUUUUUUUUAACAUGUAUUUUUUGUGUGUUGCUUCUUUCAAAUCCAUUAAAGCCUUAGCUUUUAACUGUUUCAUUAGAUUUAUCAUCUAAACAUAACAAUGCUGUAUCACAGGACAGCCGACAUGGGCCUGCAUCAAAUGUUUCCUCAGCUAUGACACCUUUGACAUACUUCAAGUGUACUUCAUUGCUCCUCCUGUGUUUGUACGGGUUCCAGGAAGUUGAGGGGAGAGGCUUUCAAAAGCAUUCUGGUAGUUUUUUUGUAUCGCAGUUGACAUGUUUUCGCUUUUUACUUCUUUUUUUUUUUACAGUCACCACUUUCUGUAAAUGAUUGUUGCUGGAUUUGUGACGUUGUGCAGCCAGGGACAUUUCUGUCCCCUGACUGCACACUGUACCGACGCCAGUGAGUUUAUUUGGUAGAUUAGACAAAAGAUGUUUCUUUAUGUCACAACAUGAUGACUGUUAUAGGAAUACCUCCUCUCCUUCCUUCAUCCUACGUCCCUGCACAGAGCACAUCUCAGCCUUGUUUUAGCUCCUAUUCUUUUUUUCUACCCAGACUGAUGGAGGGUUUGUCGUCUCAUCAGGCAAAGCAAAAAUACAGCCAGGCUUCAUUUACAUUGCUCUCUGUGUGUGUUUAUCAUUAUCGACUGAUGAAAUCAAAGAUUGUGACUAUAAACAGACUAAGCCAUAUCCAGCUGUCCCCUGAACUGAUGGCAGACCCAUAGGAGUUUUUAAAAAUAUAUAUACUGAGAUGAUAUACAUCCAUUUAGUUUUUUUCUCUGCAGUUUUUGUGCUCAGUACACACCUGUGUCAUUAUGAAUCAAAAAAUAAUCAUUCAAACGUAAAAAACAAAGUUGACAUUUGAUGAGAUCCCUGGACUGUCCAAGGGUGGGUGGGGGGAUUAACAUUAACAGUACAUUGUUCAACAAUUUUUGUGCAUAAUGAUUUUUUUUAUUAUAACCCACUGUAUAAUAGCAAGGAUUGUAUAUAAAACUGAAGAGAUGUAAAUAUUUAUGUGGCUUGCUUCAAGGUUGGUAUUACAAAAAAGAAAAAAAAAAAAUUCACAUGGUUAAAUUCUACAUGCCCACCAGCAAGCUUUGUGGAUAGCAGUGUAAAAAUGAAAAACAAAAAAGACACUGCCUUAAUGUUUAAAUAAAAAGCUUAUUGCCAUU